AGGAUUUGCGACAGGUGGAAUCGGAGGCGCGGGGCUUUGAGAUCACAGACGAGGGCAUCAAUGUGUGCCAAAUCAAACACUACCAAGUCAUGCACAACAUAGGCAAGGGCGCCUUUGGAGUGGUCAAACAGGGCAGGCAUGAGACCACCAAUAGGAAGGUUGCGCUGAAGAUUGUGCUCACAAAAUCAGGAGUCUCGCACAAAGUGGAGGACGAGGGUAACCUCAUGAUAGGUUUGCAUCACCCGCAUGUCAUCCGCUUAUACGAAGUCAUCAAACGACCUGACUACAUCUGCAUGGCCGUUGAGUUGUGCAGUGAAGGGUCCCUGCUGACUCUCAUCGUCAGCGAAACCAAGCUCCGAGAAAACCUGGCCAGGAGAUUAGUUUAUGAGACGGCCUUAGGACUGGAGUAUCUUCACUCGCAAUGGGUCAUCCACAGAGACAUCAAACCAGAAAACAUAUUACUCAACUCCAACAUGCAAGUCAAGAUCACCGAUUUCGGGUGUGCGAUGAAACUGAAACACAAAAAUGAGAAAUUAGAACAAAUAAUCGGCACACUGGACUAUGCCGCACCAGAAAUUAUUGAUUCGUCGUAUAGGGGGCAGCCUGUGGAUGUGUGGUCGUUGGGAGUGACGUACUACUACAUGCUGUUUGGAGCACUGCCCUUUAAGAACGAGGGCGAGGACAUCUUCGAGUUUUUGGACCGAAUCAGAGACUCUGAUUUAGAACUACCGGAAAAAGUGAGUGAAGAAGUAGAGAUGCUGGUGCGAGGACUACUGCAGCCAACACCUUACAGAAGGACUCAGCUCAGCAAGUUUAUUACCAACAGCUACUUUGCCCCAGAGAAGUCGACCUUUGACGCAAAGAUUAAGGCCAAUGUCUGCAGCAGCGACGAGCAGCGCCAGAAGUUCAUGGACUUCUCAGAUGAGACCAUCACGCAGUUCAUCUCACAUGUGGAUGACGCUAGUGAAUGGGAGCCAUAUGCUCAGGACAAAGUCACUGGCAUCAGCACAAUGGUGCGCAAAAACGCCAAUAGCCAGAUAUGCGUCCGCUCCCAAGGCAACAUAUUAUUUGGCGGACAAUUCCAGGAUGACAUGGCCCGUGGCCUUAUGGUGUCCAAAGGAAACCGCAACGUAUCUGUGAUGAUCGAACAACUGCGUGAGCACGAGGAGAUCAUCUACUACGCCCCAGCGUAUCUGAUUGAGCCUCUCAAGGACUAUGACCUGCCCUAUAAGUUCGAGUUUUUGUACCUGCAGGUGCAGCGGGAGCUGAAGGACGAGCGUCGGUUCGCUGUGAUUAGGUCAAUUGAGCACCCUGCGGCUCCCCCACAAACAGGACGGGUGCGAGGGCACAUCUCCUUCGCUGGUUAUGUAUUGGAGAAACUAUCCGAAGACGCACACCGCUGCACAGUCAUCCACGAGCUCGACCUGAACGCAGAAUUGGAUGUGAAUGUGCUGGAGUUGCUCAAUCACUCGAUCAUGGAGUUUAUCCUCAGGGUCAGAGAAAACCUGAGGAAUGAGAAGAAUGGCAUGGUGUGGAAGUUUCUGUGAACGCACCAAAUGACACAUUCACUAUAAGUGAAUGGGGGCACACAUGAGUACACACCAAUGCAACGCCUUAUCAGCUGCUACGGCAUACUCACUAUAAGUGGUUGUGCGCACUCAUCACUACACACAGAUGCAACGCGUUCUCAGCUGCCAAUUCACAUUCACUAUGAGUUAACGAGGGCAUUCAUCAAUACACACAGAUGCAACGCCGUCUCAGCUUCUAUUUAAAUGCACAUUCACUGUAAGUGAAUGGGAGCUCACAGCAGUACACACCAGUACAAUGCCUUCUCAGCUGUCACGGCACAUUCAUUAUAAGUCUAGGCACAUUCAUUUUAAGUCCAUACACAUUCACUAUAAGUUAAUAUGAGCACUCAUCAGUAUACACACAGAUGCAACGCCUUCUCAGCUGCCACGGCACAUUCACUAUAAGGCCAGGCACAUUCACUAUAUGUCCAGGCACAUCCACUAUAAGUUAAUAAAGGCACUCAUCGGUACACACACAGAUGCAACGCCUUCU